UCGACAUGACACAUGACGCGGGCGCCGCCGCCGACACCGCCGAUGUCUUUGCAAACAAAGUGGACAAGUCCCCGCCAUCUACGUGGGACCAGCGCCCGAAAAAGUACAAGAGCGUGCUCUGGUCCGUGUGUGGGUACGUCCUUCUCAUGGAACUGGCCGAACGAUUGAGCUACUACGGCAUCAACCAAGGGUUGAAGAACUUUAUGCAAAAGAAGUUGGGGUGGUCGGCAGUGUCAGCGAACAGUCUCAAGAGCACGUGGACGUCGCUAGUGUACAUGUCUCCACUCAUGGGUGCAUAUAUUGCGGACGAAAAGUGGGGACGGUACCGCACGAUUACAACCUUUGGCGUGUUGUACUUGGUUGGGGACGCGCUCCUUGCCACCGCUGCACAUCCGUCAGUCCUUGCGCGCCACGACGUUGCUGAGUGCAUCUUCAUCGUUGGACUCUUCGUGUGCAUUGGUUUCGGCACCGGCGCGAUCAAAUCCAACGUCAUCACACUCGGCGCCGACCAAUUCAACCCAAACGACGCGUCGGAAACCCAGCAAAAAGCCACGUUUUUCAGCUACUUUUACUGGUGCAUCAAUUUUGGGGCUACGUUUGCGUAUGGUUAUCUCGCGUCGUUGUCAGUCCAUGGUUCGUCACUCAUCCCAGCCGACUACGGAUACUUUGCGUGCUUUGCCAUCUGCACAUGCGUCAUGGCAUGUGCGUUGGUCAGUCUCCGCCUCGGCCAUGCGCGAUAUAUCAAGCUUCCGCCGACAUCCGACGCAAUGUCGCAACUUGUGCGUGUGCUGUGGCAGCGCCGAUUUCGCAACGUCGCCGCCAACCGCAUUGUGUGGGGGUUUCUCUUGUUUGUUUUGUCGUUCGUGUUCAACGUCCUGGCUGCCAUCACCGAAUCUGGGCGAGUGGUGCUGAGUCUCCUGGCCGGCUUGACUAGUUCGGUGGCGAUUGUGUUUUGGGUUGUCUAUGGGCAGCGGCGCAUUGACGGCGACGACGCGCUUCGCACAGAUGAAUGUCCCAUGCACGAAAAAGUUGCUGUCGACGCUGUGCAAAAAGUGGUUCGCAUUCUGCCGUUCGCAUCGUUUACGAUCGUAUGGGGCUGUGUAUACGACCAAAUCGACGCGAACUUUCAGUCGAUCACGCAGCAGUGUGACCUACGACUGACGCCAACGACGCAAGUCGCGGGCGCGAUGCUCGGUAUCUUCGACCCCCUUGCCAUCAUCGUCCUCAUUCCACUCUUGGAUUCGUAUGUUUACCCCCUGUAUGAGCGAACGUUUCGGUCCCCGCCCAGCGCAUUUGGGAAAACCUCGGCGGGGCUGUUCCUCGCGGCCUUCCUCAUGUUUUACGUCGGUCUGUUUGAAAUGUACCGACGGAGCUCUGGCCAGCUUCAUCAAAACGGUGCCAUGCUGCGUGACGAAGGUAGCGGUAGCCCCAUGAACAACCUCCAUUGGGCAUGGAACAUUCCGCAAUAUGUCGGCGUCGCACUGUGUGAAUGCCUGAUCAACGUCACGGCGUACGACAUCUUUUAUACACAAGUUCCACUGCACCUCAAGAGCACGGCCCAGGCGAUCAACUUGUUCACGGUGAGCAUGGGCAGCAACGUCACGUCCAUCUUUACGCUGGCGUUUGGUCAGUUCAUUCCAAACGACCUCAACUUGGGGCACUUGGAGUACAUGUUCUUCGCCGUCGGGUCGCUUGCCCUCCUCAACGUCGCGGCCUACAUGGCUGUUAUGCGCCGCAUGCAGUUCGGAAUGGCAUCUUCAGGGUACGGACCUGUCGCCGACGCAGAGGACAACGAUGCUCUCACGGCCUCCGACGUCUCCUCGGACGACGUUUGCCUAGAAGAUAUGCCAACCACGCACGUCCAAUUUGCAGGUGCCAGGGAUUCUUCCGUGGAAGCAGGGGUAAAUUCCGGAUAAAGAGGAGGUGAUCCGGAUGUGCCGCACCUGC